AGUUUGUAUAUCCAAUGGAUAACAUCGUGGCGCGUUAUUAGUAGUUUUUAAACAAAAAUUCGGAAAAGUAUUGUGUUGAAAACAAAAAAUAUUUAUAGACAAAGAUAAAUGAAAAUACUAAGAAGUAAAAAAAAAACAAUUUUCUUCAAUUUCUAGAGACCACGUGAAAAUUGAAAGACGUUUUUAAGGAAUUCCGCUAGAAAUUGCAAAGUAAUGAAUAAAAUUUCAAAAAAAUAUUAAAAAAAUUUGUGAAAAUUAAUUGUAUAAUUAAUUUAAAGAAAAAAUAAAAUUUGUACAAUUUAAAUAGCUUAUUUUAAACAGUUUUAAAAUUCAUAAUUUAGCUAAAAAUUUUUCAAUGAAAAAAGGUAAUAAUUUUCGCGUUGUUUGUACGUCUGUCGCCGUCGCUUUUGUUUGCUGCUGCCGUCUGUCGUUGUGAAUCAUAAUAAUUUCGUUCAACAGAACAGAACUUUAAUUUACUGUAUAAUACAAUUAUUGGCCAUUUGUAUGGUUCAGUUUCUGUUGCUGUCUAUCCAUCUCAACAAACAAACAACCAACCAUCCAUCCAUUCAUCCAUCCAUCUAUCUAGAAUAAAUAUCUAGAAAACACGUCCGUCUGUCUGUCGUCUACCUUUUUUUUUGUUGUUGAAAAAAAAAAAGAGAUCGGCAUAAACAACAACAUUAAAUAAAUAUUAAUAACAAUAAAAAAUAUUGAAAUAGUAAAUAAAAGCUAAAAAUCUGAAAAUCUGUAUUUAAUGAUAUUUUUCAACAACAACAAUAGCAACAACACUAGUGCGAUUUAUUUUUGCGGUUUUAUAUUCUAUGUGAGUGGAUAUUUGUGCCGGUGUCUGUCUCCGAAAUCUAUUAGAGUAUUAAAUAAUGAUCAUUUUUCUGUGUGUUUGAAAAAAAUUAAAUAAAUAAAUAAAAAAAUAAUAACAAAUAAAUAAAUAUAUGAAAAUGUUUAGUGUAAAUAAAUAAAGAAAAAAAAAAAAAAAUUAUUGUGUAUACAUGGCGCCACAUUCAACAGACCCCUUUUGAAAUCUAGUUGUGUGAUCUUUAAAAUAAAAAUGUUCGUUUUCUUUAAUUCUCUCUUAAAUCACUUAUAAAUUAAAUUUUAUGUUUUCAUAAAUAUUUCAUGACAAUUAUUGAAAUUUAUAAUUUGCCGUUAAAACACAUUUGAUAAUAAUUUUGAUCCAGACAUCUCAAGCCCUCAUAAACAAAAUAUUUCUCUUCAUAAACUUACGGAAACGUUUUUAUAAAAAUGUUUAUCAAAUUGCAAUGUUAAAAAUAAUGUAUAAAAUUAAUAAACUUAUUGAUAAUGGAUAAUUAAUAAGAAUUUUAAGCAAAAAAAAAAUUUUUCCACAUUUAAUGCUAAAACAAAAGUUAAAUUAAACAAUAAUUAUUAAAUUAAAACAAGAAAAAAAUAAGUAAAAUUAAAAAAAAUAAAUAAAUAAACAACUCAAUAAAUAAAAUGGAACCUCAAUUACAAUUAAAUAUUAUUUUAUGCCUAAUACUGUCUAUGUGGCAUGUUUAUGGUGAUGAACAAUUAUAUGGCCUGCAUUCGGACGAACUGAUAUCUGGUGAACUGGUUAUACCUAAAAAAGUAACAGCAACUGGUGAAUUUCUAACGCAUAAUCUAACGCAUCAUCAUGGCGAACAUUAUCGGCAUCAACGAAGGCGUAGAAGCUUUAGAGAGGAUGAUCAUACUACAGCCUCCUCAGAACCAGAAGUUCAUUACCAGUUGCAAAUACAAAAUGAAACUUUACAUUUGGAAUUAGAACCAAAUUCAUAUUUCAUGACGCCCCAUUUAGUGGUGGAACGACACAAAAGAGAUUUACGCACACGCAAACGACCACAGAAAAAUACAAAUUGUCAUUAUCAUGGCAAAGUCAGAGGACAAGAGCAAGAUUCAAGGGUAGCGAUAUCAACGUGUCGUGGUUUGGUCGGUCACAUAAAAACUAAAAAUAAUGAAUACUACAUUGAGCCAUCAAAAAAUCAUGCAGCCCACAACAUCAACGGACAUCCGCAUGUUGUAUUUCAAAGAUCGUCUGUUAAGGAAAAGUCAACGAAUCACAACAACACUAACAAGAAUAAGAAACCACAUAAACGCAGGCAGGAGCAACAUAAAUUGCAGCAAAACGAUGGAAAGAAGCCAAAGAAGGCUUUAAGUAAUUGUGGUACUAAAGAACCCAAAAGACGCAUUGAAGCUCGUUUAGUGGAAUGGCAACCUCAAGGAAAGGUAAAAAUUCAAGGUGGCAGAAAAAUACGUAGACUACGUCAUCAGCAUCAGCAUGAAAAUCAACAGCAGAAAUCUCAAUAUAAAUAUCAAACUACAACAACGACGGAUGUUAAACACCAAAAAUAUCAUCAGAAGAAACAUGACUACAACCACAGGGAAAACCAAGACAUCUUAUCAUCAUCUACAUCAACAGCAGCAUCAUCUGAGCAAACUGUUGCUUUUGCGCCACAACCACAAAAACAGAAACAACAUAAACAGCAUCAUCAUCAACAACAUCAUUUAAAACCAGAGUUUCAUUUACAGCAACAACAACCGUCACCAUUAGCAUCCCAUGCCAACAGCCAUCAACGUAAGAAACGUUCAAUUAGCAGCCCACGACAUGUAGAAACUCUUAUCGUUGCCGAUUCUACAAUGGUUGGAUUUCACGAAGAAAUCGAAACUUAUCUUUUGACCAUAAUGAAUAUGGUAUCCGCUCUCUAUAAGGAUCCCAGUAUUGGUAAUGCCAUUGAAAUUGUUGUGGUUAGAAUUAUACUACUUCACGAUAAUGAGACACAUCCAGAUUUGAAUCUAACACAAAAUGCCCAACAGAAUUUAGAUACAUUUUGUAGUUGGCAACAUAAAUUGAAUACCGAAAAUGAAUUAGAUCCUCAGCAUCAUGAUGUGGCAGUUUUGAUAACACGUAAAAAUAUUUGUGGCAAUAAUUGUAUGACUCUGGGUUUGGCUAAUGUCGGUGGAAUGUGUAAACCGAAACAAUCGUGCAGUGUUAAUGAAGACAAUGGCAUUAUGUUGUCACAUACCAUUGCUCAUGAAUUGGGACAUAACUUUGGCAUGUUUCACGAUACUGCAAAAUUGGGUUGUCCGAGAGUGGGCUCUAUAGUGCAUAUAAUGACGCCAACAUUUGGAGCGGAUACUCUCCAAGUUUGUUGGUCAAAUUGUAGUCGAAAAUUUAUUACACAUUUCCUAGAUCAAGGUCUGGGUGAGUGCCUAGAUGAUGAACCUACCGAUAUGACAGAAUAUGUCUAUCCCGAGGAACUACCCGGUCAUCGUUACAGUGCCGAAGUACAAUGUCGUUUGCAAUACAAUGUUACAGACAGUGAAGUGCGUGCCUGUUCCUCCAUGAAUGAAAUCUGUUCAACAUUAUGGUGUCGUGUUAAUGGUGAAUGUAUUACGAAUAUGAGACCAACAGCACCAGGAACACCGUGUGGAAAUCGUAAGUGGUGUCAAAAUGGCAAAUGUGUACCAAAGGAAUCGCUGCAGAAAAUUGAUGGCGGUUGGGGUGAUUGGUCCGAAUGGAGUGAAUGUUCACGUUCUUGUGGUGGUGGUGUUUCCAUACAACAAAGAGAGUGUGAUAAUCCUUUACCGGCAAAUGGUGGUUCGUUUUGUAUAGGCGAGAGGAAAAGGUAUCAAAUAUGUAAUCCUCAUGCUUGCCCCAAAGAUGAACCCAGUUUUCGGGCUAAACAAUGUGAAAAGUAUAAUAAUAAAGCUUAUCAGGGAGAAUUCUAUAAAUGGUUGCCCUAUUUCGAUAAACAAAACCCUUGUAAACUAUAUUGUACCGAUGAGGAUGAUACCAUCAUUGCUAAUUGGGGUGAUGUGGUUUUGGAUGGUACACCCUGUACUUUGGGCACCAACAAUAUGUGUAUUGAUGGCAUUUGUAGGAAAGUUGGUUGCGAUUGGAUUGUUGAUUCAGAUAUGCAAGAAGAUCGUUGUGGCGUGUGCGGUGGACAAGGAGAUCAAUGUAAACCGGUGAAAGCCACCUUCAAUGAAACACUAAAGGUUACAGAAGGUUAUGUAGAAAUUGUAGUGCUGCCAGCAAAAGCACGUCAUAUAGUCAUCAAAGAAUUGGGAAAUUCACCACAUUUUCUGGGCGUGGCCAGAGCAAAUAGCAGUUUAUUUUAUUUGAAUGGCGACAGUUUAAUAUCAAUGCCGGGUGAAUUUUUAAUAGCCGGUGCUGAAAGUUUUUAUGAUCGCAUAGAUGAUCAGGAGAUUAUAAAGAUUCCACAACCUAUACAACAUUCCAUAGCUAUAUAUAUUAUUGUUAGAGGUGAUGAGCCUAAUGAAGGUAUUUACUAUGAAUUUACUUUGCCCGCCUUAAAUGUCAGUUCAUCCAAACACUUUUUAUGGAAAUUAAGUGAUUGGUCCUCUUGCUCGGUAAGCUGUGGUGGAGGUCUGCAAUAUCGUGAACCCAUUUGUUAUGAAAACGGCAAAAUGACCCCCGAUAUAGAGCUUUGUUGGGCCUUUGCUAAAAAUGCUCGUCCUUUGCGUUUAACCAAAAAAUGCAAUGACACGCCUUGUCCAGCCCAUUGGCUAACAGGUCCUUGGCAAUUUUGCCCGGUAACCUGUAAAAAUGCCGAUGCACCUUUGCCGGUGCGUCGAAGAUCUGUCAUGUGUCUAGAUCAAAAUGAUAUAGUGGUAGAGGAUGACACCUGCAACCCCUUUACGAGGCCAAGCGAUACCGAAUACUGUGAACAUAAUUUACCCGAUUGUAGUAUAAAAGAAAAAUUUAAAAAGUUUUUUAUUUAGACAUUAAAACAAAACCCAUACUUUUAAAGAAAAUAGUUUAAGUUUUAGUUGCUAAAAUAAAUAUUCCAUGUUCGUUUUUUUUAAUGAUUCAAAAUUUCAUAAAAUCUAUUGUAAAAUUUGCAAGUCUUAGUUGUAAGGUUUUUCUUACAAAUGUAAUUUUAAGUAUUUAGUUAAUAAAUAUUAUUUAUUUUAUUUAUUCUUAUUUUUUAGAAUAUGAAAAACAAUGUACUUAAUACUUUUAGUUUGUAUUUGUUACUAAUAAUUUGUGUUAGAGAAACUUUUUAAAAAAGUUUUCAUUUGUAUACUCGUUGUUAGUUGUAAGUUAUUUUAUAUUUUUUACUAAUAUAUCAAUUUGUAGCUGUUAAAUUGGUCUAUUUGUAAUUUCCAUAGUUUAUAGAGUGUAAAAUUAUGUUUAGGAAAGAAAAGUGAAAAAUUAAUAAAAAUUUUGAAAAAUU